AUGCUUCACAUAUCUUCUUUACUACUACGGUUGACAGUUGUUCUACUAUGGGUCAUUCGUUUUUCAAGUUCAACUUUUGUUAAUUAUAAAGACUGUAAUGUCGAUGUUGAUAACUUAAAGCUACGACCUUUUAUCAUAGAUGCUGCUGUGGAUGAAGAUGAAAAGAAAUUAAAGUUUUUCAUGAACUCACAGGUUGCCAAUAUGAGAAGGAAUUAUAGUAGUAAUUAUACAAAUAUUGUCAUAAACGAUGUUAAUUACCAAACAAAUAAAUACACCACUUUUCAUGUGGAAAUAAAUUUUAUGGGUAAAGUGAUAGUUUCUGAAAAUAAGAGAUUCUGUGAUAUGAUAGCUGUCAAGAAUACAACAGAUUUUCUCAACGGCCCUAGAUUUCAACAUACAAAUUCAAGUUCAAAUGAUACCCAAACAAUAUACAUGACAGACCCUUUCAGUGAGAUUGGAUACAAUAAUACCCCCAUAUCAAAACGACAUACACUACCGGAAGGCAAGGAGAGAGUUCUUAGUAGCAAUCUUACUCUGUUGAGUACGUCUAAUACAACUAUUGAACAAAUAUUUAAUAAUGCAACUGGGGCAUUGGUUAACUGUCCAUUAUACUACAAUGAUUCAAUUGUCUUAUAUUAUGAAGCCGAUAUUGCCAAACAUUUUCAUCGAUUGGGAUCAUACCAGAUAAAGUUUAUGGUGAUUUCUAACGACGAGGAUUCCAAAAUUAUCGGUUGUAGUAGAACUUACAUAACGCCGGUGCAGCCAGGCAUAUUCAAUGGAAUUGUCGGUUAUGGUGUUUUGGCUUUGUUGAUAAUUACAAUUGUGGUUAACUUGUUAACUAUGGCGUACUCAACCUAUCAAGAAUCUUCAAAUCCGUUUCUUUUCAAAGCAUCAACAAUUUGUAAUCUGGCAUUACUAAAACAAGUUGAUGCAUCAUUACCAGGUAUCAUUGGAUAUCUACAAUAUGCAUUUUUUAUCGGAGGUCUCGACUUAGCAUACCCAGGCUUCUAUCAACCUAUGAUUGGACAAAUCAAGUGGUGUGCUCUAUUAGGAUUUCUGUUCAUCAAAGAUCGAGGUCGUCAUUAUGAAGAUAAUAUUGAUCAUUUAUAUCCAACAAUGGACUCAGGUGGAUUACCAGGGUUGACAAAGAGUAGUUCAGGAAACCCGGUACUCAAUAAUUGGGCUAACUUUAUGGUCACUUUGGUGAUAAUAACUAGUAUAACUAUUGCAUUCAAUCAAGCAUUUGUCAUUGUAAAAUUAUUUCUUGCUAAAAUUAAUUUACUCCAAUUUUCAAGCAAACAUGCCAAGGAUCCUGGCAAUUUUAAAGGCUUUUCAGUUCUUUCAAGGAAAAACUUGUAUCUUAUAUUGGGACAAGGUUUGCAUUCUUUUUUGGUAAUUUUCGGCAUGCCGUUUUUAAUAUUAACUACCUUUCAGUUCUUAGCUGCAAGUGAUAUCAAUGGGAAGCAUCGUUAUUUUUCAAAUUAUUUUCGUCUCAAAAAUGAUUUGUAUUCUAUGCGUGUUCCUUAUAACCGGUUGAUUAUCCCAUCCAGUGUUUUCCUGUUUAGUUCAGAGAUUGGAAUUGAACCAACUUGCAGUUCAUCGAAUAAAGCAUUGCCCUUUGGUACUUAUUCUCGUUCUAGUGUUGACAGUGACUUUAGGUGGAAUUAUGACCCUUCAAAUACGACUACAGAUAAUGCGAUGAAUGAUGCAAGACAGGGAUUCAAUUCUACUGGAAUGCGUCAACGAUCCUAUAUGAAGAUUUCAGAAGCAAACAUUGCAUUUGCAUCCAUUACAUUUAAUUUAUGGGUAGGUUUGUGUUUUUACUUUAUUUUCCAUUAUUUGUUGACAUUUCGCAAGAAUUUCAAAGUAAGACAAUCGUCAAAUGUCUCAAGGAUGUAUACAUCACUUAAAACGAUUCUUAUUUGGGCUUUUUUUUAUCAUGAGUAUAAACCACAACGUAUCAAUUUUGUUAUUUAUGACAUAGCGACAUUAUUGGCAAAACUGUUUGUUAUUGGAUUAUUACAGAAUCAUGGGGUUGUCCAGGUUACGGUAUUGAUUGUAGUUACUGUUGUGGACUUGUUCAUAUUAUAUGUAUACAAGCCUUAUUAUGUUAGGAUAUCGUGGUGGUCGCUGAAGGUAAUGUUCCCCGUUGCAAGGUUUUUGAUUUCCAUUCUAUGCAUUCCCUUUCUUCGUCCCUUGGACAUAAACGAAUCGGUGAAAACAUACGUGGCUUAUGUACAAUUACUCAUUAGUGCAAUUGUGGUGAUUGUAUUUUGCAUUCAAUUGAUUUAUUGGUUUUUAAGAACUUGUUUAUUGAUAGUCAAAAAGGUCAACCGUCGUCACAGGAUAGAUAAUGCAUUUAACCAUAAUUUGUCUUCAGAUGACAGUCUUGAAGAAUUCCAUCGUCAAUUUGAAUACAAACCAUUGCAGCCACCUCCAUCAUACAAAACACAAGUUCAAGCUGUUGCUGAAACCGAGUUGGAGUGUCAGAAUAUUAAAGGGAACCAAAAUUAUGUUACUGAUGAACAGGCCAAUGAUAAUGAAAAUGAACCAGAUGAAGACUAUUAUUAUCGUAAGAAGAGUAGGUUGAUUUUGAAAAGACUUCAUAGUGAUAAUGAGAUUCAAACCGUUGUAUCCAAUUCUUCGGAGUCAAAUUUCCAACAACUUCAAAAUGAAUCAAACUUACGAAAGAUAAAGAAUGACUAUAAAGUCAGAGAAGGUGAUCAAAUCUAUAAGAAAUAUUUCACGGAUGAUUUAAUUGAUCCCGAGGUUAAAGAGCUUUGGGAAAGUAGAAAGGAAAAAUUUCAAGAUGAUGAUUUACCAGACUUUCAAAAUGAUAGUAAUAAUGGCACUUUUUACAAAAUCAAAGGUUUUAUUAAAACAAAACGAAACACCCAAAAACCUAAAAAGGAAGUUGGAUUCCAUGUUGAUAGACCAAAACCUUUGGUGGUCAAGUCCAUCAAUCAAAUAAAGAAAGAGCAAGAACAGGAGCAAGAAGAAGAAGAAGAAGAAGAAGGAAUUCGUGAAAAUAAGAAACCAAAGCAACAACUGCAACAUCAUUGUAAAGAGGAAAGUGUUCUGUCAAGUGGAUCUUCUACUAGUUUAAUAUAG